AUGAUGAAACUCAGCAAAUUAGAAACAUGUGAUGAGAUAUGUGCACAAGACAUCCCAAACGCCCAGCGACGGCUCUCUAUGGGGAAACUCCUUCUUGGGCAGCAGACUCAAAGGAUGUCAUCGUCCAUGCCAACAGGGAGGGCGAAUAACGGCGUUGGAGCAGAAAUACCUUCUCAUAAGUCUAGUUCCUACCAAAACGCUGAAAAGGAUAUCAGGAAGCAUCCCAUUUGGGUUACCGAAAUUAAUUCUGCCCUUUCCGAUGCCACGCUCCGGUCCGAACGAAUCCGUAUUCUUCGUUCGAAUGCGUUCGGAAGAAGCCACCCGAGGGAGACCGUUUCAGAUAGUGCUGCUUUGGACGGUUCCUUUCCCACCGUUCAGACAAAAUCCGAGUCAGCAAUCCGUAUUCAAUCACCUAGUAUGACAGGAAAUACUCUACACUUCCUUGCAGGAAACCAUAUCUCGUUUUCAGGAAACGUCCACUCAUUUUUAUCGCCUUUCCUCGACGGUCCGGCGCUAUGUUGUGUGGAGAUUGCUUCUCUCCCUCCCUCCAUGAAUGAGGAAAAUGAAGGCUUAUUAAUCAAGAGGGAGGACAAAGGGAGAGGUGAGCUUGUAUCGCCUAAAGCGUCACCAAUCAGAAAGUCUACCCUAUUCGAGGAAGAUAACGACAUGGAUGAACUGUUCAGAGAGCGUUUCCAGAUUGAAAAAGAACAGCGGCUUGAGUUCAGCAAGAUUCAAGCCGCUGAGGUUUCCGAUUACCUUCUAUUGGCACGCAAAGCACGUGUUGGUUACUCCGCCAAGUUUAACGCGAAAAAUAGUUUAACCCAUCUUGAUAAAAUAGAAAGGCAGAUAAUGUUGGACUCAUUGGAAGCGCACGAGUGCCGUCUUAAAACCGAACUACUCAAUGAGGCCAUCGAGACCCGCAAGGAAUUGAGCAAAAUAUGUAAUCUAGAAGACAGUUUAUUCAAAUCUGAGUGUAAAAACUUUUUGCAGGACUACUCCGCUUUAUGCUUUGACAAUUUACUAGCGGGCGCGUCGGAGACUGAAUUUGAUAGUGAAUUAGCAUCCAAUUACGACGCUGCCAUGGCUGAGGCAAUCAACAGAGAAGUACGGUGGCAGCUUGAGAUACAGCGCUGGGAGCGCAGAAACAAGCAAAAAUGA